AUGUCUGCUGCUAAAGAAGUAGGUAAAAAUGUCAUCUUGUUACCACAAACCAAUCAAUUAAUUGGUUUAUAUUCAAUCAUUCGUGAUCAAACUACCAAAAGAGGAGAUUUUGUAUUUUAUUCAGAUAGAAUCAUUCGUUUAUUAGUUGAAGAAGGUUUAAACCAAUUACCAGUUGAAGAUGCAAUUAUAAAAUGUCAUGGUGGCUAUGAAUAUAAAGGUGCUAAAUUUUUAGGUAAGAUUUGUGGUGUUUCAAUUGUUAGAGCUGGUGAAUCUAUGGAAAUGGGUUUAAGAGAUUGCUGUAGAUCAGUUAGAAUUGGUAAAAUUUUAAUUCAAAGAGAUGAAGAAACUGCAUUACCUAAAUUAUUUUAUGAAAAAUUACCUGAAGAUAUUAGUGAACGUUAUGUUUUCUUAUUAGAUCCAAUGUUAGCUACUGGUGGAUCUGCAAUGAUGGCUGUUGAAGUUUUAUUAGCUAGAGGUGUUAAAAUGGAUAGAAUCUUCUUUUUGAAUUUAUUGGCUGCUCCUGAAGGUAUUAAAGCUUUCCAAGAUAAAUAUCCAGAUGUUAAAAUAAUCACCGGUGGUAUUGAUGAAAAAUUAGAUGAAAGUAAAUACAUUGUUCCAGGUUUGGGUGACUUUGGUGACAGAUAUUACUGUAUCUAA